CAAUCAAAGUGGAACUAUAAAAAGCCAUGCCCUCCGGAUCGCGCUGAAGGGAACCAAACACUUGUUUCUCUUUCCCUUCUGGUUCAACCAAACGCACACGCAGCAGAAACCCUCUCUACCUUCGCCUCGGGAUUACUACCCGUCAGAAAAGCGCCCACUUUCGCCUGAAUAUUGGGGAAUAGCGGACGUCAAACACUCUCAAAUGCCUUUGGAUGAGCCAGCCAAGAAGGAGGUGUCGCAUGAAUUCCGCGAGGGCUUCCGGCACACCGAAUUGUGUGAGAGACUAACGGGUGCUAAUCAGACCGUGCCUGCUACUAAUCCAAGGAAGCGCGAUGAUCAGGAGGGUCUUUUGAAAUGUGAUUUUAUCUACGACAUUCUCUUAGUCACUUUCGACAAGCAAUUGAGGCGACGCAUGGUCGUGGACUUUGAAACAGAAGCUAAUUUCAUGGACCACGAUGUCUUCGAAAGAAUGAAUGUCCGCAUGGACCCAUAUGAUGGCCCACCAACCCAACUUACCACUCGCGGGGAAUUGACGCCCCUGGGUAAAGUACAAGCAACAUGGACUAUUGUUGGCUACGAAACGCCAUAUUGUGCCGAAUUCUACGUCGUUAGAGGUACCAGUUUUGAUGUUAUCCUCGGCACUGCUUCAUGUCGGGCUAUUGAUCUUUCCUCUGUGGAUCCUAUGGUUGCCACACGACUCGAUGAUUUGAAACAGACAUAGCGACUACACUAAUGUACCCAUAGAAUGGAUCUGUUUUUUACUUGCUGGCGUUUACUGUAUGUACGAUUUCUGGGAUAAAAGACUGGCUCUAUCUCAUACAAUAUGUUGGAGAACACAGGGACGGGCUGAUUGGUUCGAAAUCAAACUUUUCUACCUGGCAGUGUUGCUACCUACGUAUUCCAGAGCUUAAUAGUAGAGAGUGUGCUGGCCAGCCUGCAGGGCUGCCCUAUGCGUUAAAUGGCUUGUCAA